GAAUCCCAACCUCUCUUGCUCGGUUCGUCGCGCAAUUCCUUCCCUUCCUUAUCCCUCUUCCCUUCCCCUCUCGCGCCUACCAUACACGGCUCGCCCUGCGUUUCCUUUGCAUCAUUAACGACCGGGCCAUCUUGCAGCAAGGCGCAACCAGAAGGAAUUCCCCUUCACGAACGUCUUCUAGCUUCUCCCACCCGAGACACUCAAGUACAGUUACCUGGACUUGGGACUGGGAAAACGGGGAAAAUUAAACGGGAGAAACAGAAGUGCUAGAGAGGGGAGCAGCUUUGAAGGUUACAACCAUUGAACGACGACCAACGAGGAUACGACCCAAACGAAUUUACGACCAGACUCUUGCAAUUGACGGGACCAGUUGCAAUUGCUUUUAACGCUACUGAACGGGGAAUACUAUAAAAGUUUGGGACUCGAUUUUUCAUCCAAAAAAAAAGCAAGAUUUGACUGCCAAUUUUUUUACGAUUUGAAACGAAGAAAACGAACUAAAGCAGUGCAAUCCUCACCUUUUUCUUUUCUUUUUGCCCUGACAUCGUCUAAUAGCGAUUUCGUCCAAAAAAGCAUUUCCUCUCCUUUCUCUCCGGUUUUCACGCGUUCUUCGUCGGUGGCAUCCGUAACUCGGGCGGUACUGUACAAUACGAUUCCACUACAGUCUUCGGGACUACGAUUUUUUAUACCCAUCUGCGUUGCCUGGGUUUUUUCUUUUCCCGUUCGGCAUAUCAACUUUACCACGAUCACCCCCCAAAAGUUUAUUUUAUUUUAUUAUUUUUUAUUGUUCUAUCAAAAUACCCGUCCAUUCGAUUUUAUUUUAUUUUAUUUUUCGUUCGCCUCGCCCGUUGAUUCGUUUCUGCAUCACAGCUGCACUCAGCCGAGCGUUCUUGUCCUUUAACUGUCGCACAGCCCACCACCGAGCCACAGCUUCUUCCCAUUGCAUCCGUUGCUCGAAUCAUAUCUUCAACGUCUCGUCGGGCGUGAACAAAAUUUAAUUGACCUUCUCCCUUUGCUCUUCUGUGGAGUGAAGUAGAAUUGCUGGAGACGUUAGUGAAAGGCAUCGACAUCUGUUGGUUGAAAUACACACAGAAGCUGGUCCAUCUCUUCCCGACCUUAUUUCUAACACCCUCUCUCUCUUCAGAAUUCAUUGUAUCCGCCAUCAAAAGGCAGUCACACUGUACAAUAAGCAAGCUGGAGCUGCCUUCCCUUUCCUCAUCGGUUCAACCAAGAGCCACGCCGAUUGACGUCUAUCCGUGGCCGUACAAUCCAAACUACUCCAAGACUAUGCCCAGCGACAAGCCGCCACCUGCACUAUCAAUCCCGCAGUCGGCAAACAACGUUUCGAACAAUUCGUCUCCCCGUUCUUUGGGCACAUCGAUUUUGAAUUCUCAUUCCAGUACUACCCCCAACGGUUCUCUGAAAGUCAAGACACCUACGGGACCCAACGCCCCCACACCGCAAUCCAUUCAACACUCCCUCCCUAACCUAAACAUUCCUUCUCCCCAACAUAAUACCCAACCUUAUCACCCGUCGAACCCCGGGCCAGGCUCUCUUCACAGCUCUCAGUUCGCUUACAGUAGUGACCCUGGGUUCAUGAAUUCACAAAGUAACACCCCUUACGUCGGGUUGGACUUCAGUCAUCAUCACAAUCUCUCGCAAGGGCAACCUCCUACACCUCAGACGGCUACCUCUGGUAGUAACAUGUCGUUCCCUCCUCAACCACCAGUGCUGCAGCCUAGCUAUUCUCAACCCCAUCAUGGGUUCCCCCCCUUUUUCUCUAGCCAGAAUGGCGUCUCGUCACCGGCUGGGCAGCCAGGUGUAUCAGGCCCGAUGCCUGUCCAUGCUACACAGCAACUUCUACCAUUACCACAGAACUCUCAGAUGACGCCUAGUCCAUCGCCGCUUACAUCUGUCUCUCAGGGAGGCCCUCAGACGCCUUCAUCGGCUACAUCUGCUACGGGGUUCGGAAACCAACCCCCUUUUGACACCACUGGUCAACACGCUCCACCCGGGAUGAAACCCAGAGUGACAGCCACCUUGUGGGAGGACGAAGGAAGUUUGUGCUUCCAGGUUGAGGCUAAGGGUGUUUGUGUAGCGAGGAGAGAAGGUUUGUCAAUUCUUUAUCCUGGUAUUCAUAGUUAUGUUCUCGUUGUGUUCUUGGGCUAACAAGGAUGGAUGUGAUUUUUGUUUCUUCCAGACAAUCAUAUGAUUAAUGGAACGAAACUGCUGAAUGUUGCGGGAAUGACUCGUGGAAGGCGUGAUGGCAUCUUGAAGAGCGAGAAAGUUCGACAUGUGGUCAAGAUUGGACCGAUGCACCUCAAGGGAGUGUGGUGCGUCGCCGUUUCAUCUAGUCCUUAUCGACUAGUUUUUCUCACACGAGAGCUUAAGCUUACCUUGGUGCCUGCAGGAUACCGUUCGAUCGUGCAUUGGACUUCGCCAACAAGGAGAAGAUUACCGAGUUGUUGUACCCACUUUUCGUGCAUAACAUUGGUGCUCUGCUCUACCACCCCGCGAACACCAAUAGGACAAAUGCGGUGAUGGCAGCAGCGCACCGCAGGCAACAGGACAAUGCUGCCCUCCAGCAGCAGCAACAGAGCCAGAUGCAGAGGAGGAAUACAUCUGAGCUGGUUCCGUCGUCACAGCCCCCUAUGCACCACCACCAUGCGAUGCAACACCCCAUGCAUACAUCGCUCCCGCCUCACACUAAUUUGGCACCUCAUCCCCCGCAGAAUCAACUUCAAAGGCCGGGGUUGGAGCGGAGCAUUUCAUUCCCGACACCGCCUUCAAGUGCGUCUAGUGUUAUGGGCGUUGGUAACUCUGAAAGCCCAACUUUCUGGAAUGGAAAUAUGGUCUCCUCAGUUGGAGGCACCGGUGGCCAGUCCUCGGGUAUCGACACUGUGAUGAAUAGUGCUCGUUCAAUGCCGACUACGCCGGCAACCACGCCUCCUGGCGGUACACUGCAACAAUUGCAACAAUAUCCGCCGGCACCACCUCUAUAUUCGUCAAACCCAUCUGCUAUGCCUCAACAUAGCAUUGCACAACAGAAUAUGCAGAGAUUUGGGCAGCCUUUGGCCCAGCCUCCUCAAUAUAUGAACCAAAGGCAGGAGCCUAGCCCUAUGGGCCCACCCUCGUCGCGUGGACCGCCUGCCCCACUUUCAAGGCCUUCUUCCAGACAAAAUACCGCUGAUGACACGCAUCCAAAGGAAGAGAACGUGGAGGAGCAAACCGGGUUGGCUGCUGAGGGAGAAGAGCAUGAAGACCAUGGGGAGGAGGAGGCUGAGCAUGAGCCUGAACAUGAAGAAGAAUAUACACACGAUCCCAAUUAUGCAAAUGGUCACCGCACUGGUAAUUACUAUCCUUCCAUGCAGGGUGACCAUGCUCCCCAUUUGUCUCCAGAGAUGACGGGCUCACCAAAUCAUGGCGGUCAAGGUCCUUCAACCCCUGCGCGAUCGACAUAUACUGGGUCAAGCGUCUCUGUUCCGAGGACCGUCGAUGGCGGGUCCGGUGCUACGCCACGGACAACCAACACAUCUCAACAAUGGGUUCAGGGUGGAUACAGCACUCCGCCCAGGGCAAACUCUACUAAUGGGAACACAAUUCGCCAACCACCGACACGGAACCCUUACCAAUUGGUAAAUGGUGGCCAGGAAGCUGCGGCUGAUCACAACGGACCCAAUGGAACCGGGGCUCCAGACAACGGAUAUCAGGGUCAGCCGGGGAUGGGUGUCUCUAUGCCUGCCCAAGGUACGCCGCAGACCUUUGCUGUUAAUGGAGCGUCUACUCCUGGAUCGAAUAAACGUAUCCGGGAGAUGGACGAUGAAGAUGAACAUGGAUCUCGUCCUUCGAGUAGGGGGCAUGAUGAGAGAUCGGGUGGUGAUUCGGAGGGCGGGAUUAGCGGUCUCAAAAGACGCAAGACAAUGCGGGAGGGUUCGACGCCCACUGUUGGGGGAAUCAACUCGAGUACGUUCGAUAGGAAUGCGGACGGCCGCCUUAAUCGCACACGAUCGGCCAUUGGCACUACCCGAGGACGGCGGUAGUUUAUUUAUAGACUUUUCACUGGGUUUUUCUUUCCUAUUUUUCACUUCUUCCACCUCUCGAAAUCUCCAAAAGCAUUUUUCGCUGGGUUACAUUGAAUUUUGUUUUCCUGGAGUUGAGUGUAAUCCUUUUUCUACUUGAUUUAUUUCUGAUUCCCUCACUAUUGUUUCCUUUAUUUUCCUUACCGUACUUUCUAUUCUCUGUGAAUCACGAACAGGUUACUGUGAUCCGAUGGGCCGGCUAUACUCGGUGGUUUUAUUCCCUUUUUGCCUCUUAUAUCCUCUUAUCUCUUCAUUCUCAUAUUUUCAUUAUGUUCUUUCUUCGUCUCCAAAAAAAGAUAUGAAGUAACGCAGCGAAGCCCGUUUUUUUUUCCUGUUGCCACAUUUUGUUUGAACCAAGUCCAUCUUGUUGCAAUCUCUAGGUGUUCCGCCUGUUUUUUUCCCCACGUUUUUCUCCUUUUGCUCUAUAGCUUUUUUUUCUUUUUCGCCUUUGUCUUUUAUUAAAAGACCCCACCAUUUUUUUUUUUAACGAAUAUUUAUAUGAAUGACCUUUUUUACCAUUACCAUAUUAUCCCGUUCCGUUCCGUUCGUUCUCGUCUCGUCCGUCUCGUCUCGUCCGUCCGUUCUCGUGGGGCCAAGAUUAGUGUGGGUGGAGUCGGAGGGUGGAAGGAAAGCAGGCCAUGAGAAGCAAGGCGGGCAGACUUGCAGUCGAGGAAGUCCAAAAUCUGUUUUAUUUACCUUUUUUUCCUUCGUUUUUUUGUUCAUGUUUAUUUUAUUGCCGUUCACGACGAUUAUGACCUAUUUUCUUGCUUUUUAUUUUUAUAUAUAUAUUUUUUUACACCGCGGGAGGAGCAAGGCGGUUUGGUUUGGUUUGGUUGGGAUGGGUAAAAAAAAAGAUUUGGUUCGGUUUGGGUUUCGUUGCAUUGUGUCUGGACUGGGAAGGAUGGAGAGAGGUAGUCUCUAUUGUUUGACUACCUCUGCCUACGACAUCAUACGCUUGAAUGACCUACCCAUUCUUUCUGUCUGGACUGCUCUGCAAUGGGGUGCUGGUGGUUGUGCUAUGGUAGACGAAAUGGUUAUUCUUGCAGGCUUGGUAGCUUGAUUUCUGCACGCGCAUUUUAUAGCAUAUCGUACCUUGCGUCGCUUGGAUUGAAGGUACCUACUUUACUACAUGUUGCGUUGGUUUUUCCUUUUCGUGUCCUCAUCUCUGGAAAUCAAAGAUACCCCCCCCCUCUUCCCCCUUGCUUAUCAUACUUCCUUUUUUUUAACGCCCCUGACGAAUUCCCUUUCCCUUCGUUCUUGUUCUACUCCCUUCUAGCCAAAAGCACCCACCACCAGCGCUACCUUUUAGUGCUACUGCUGAAUGGUUGAUGAUUAAUGACCCAUGAUACCUUUCUAUCCUCUUAUUUUUUUUAUUUUACACUUUUUUUCUUGUUACAAAAAAGGAAAAAGGAAAAAGGAAAAAGGUAUUACGAAUUUGAUGAUGGUGAUGACAAUGAUGAUGUGGAGUUUGGAUGGAGUUUUUUUUGGGGGGUUUCUCAAGGAUCGGGCAGGCGGACUUGAGCAUUGAUGGAGGGGGGAUGUACAGUACAGUACAGUACAGUACAGUAUUCAGUACUGUAGCUAAAUUAUAUGGUGGUUAGCUAGGCACUUUGGCAGUUAGGUAGUUGAAAGAUAGAAACUAACAAAAGUAACAUU